AUGGCUAGUAAUCUGUCCACUGAAAAGGCUGCUCAGAUCAAGAAACUUCAUGAGCAGAAAGCCUCUAUUGAUAAGAUGAUUUCCAGUAUUGCUGGUACACCCAAAGUAGCAGCAUCUCCAACAGAUCCACUGGCAAAUACUGUAAAAAUCCUUGGGUUCCAGAGCUUCCCAAAGCCAGCCAAAUUGCAUGGACAGAACAUGCAGAGACUUUGUGGAUUAGACAAUUGCAUGUGGGGUAUUUUUAAGGAAGAGCUUAAGGGUAUUGCUUCUUGGCAAGGCAUGGACUUGAGAUUUAGUAUCACCAAGCAGCCAAUCUCACAAUGUGUCACCAACACUGUUAACAAGAUGGUUGAAACUCGCCCUGAGAUACGCCAGAAGGUAUUGGAUCCUGAUUGGUUCAUCAGGCAAACGCUCCAAGGCCUACUGAAAGCCUCGGGCAAAAGUCAUUGGAAACAACGCGCAAGCAAAAGCCCAAGAAAACAAGCAAGGUUGGCAAAGACAACAACAACAACAACAACAACAACAACACAACAACAACAACAACACAACAACACAACAACAACACACAACAACAACAACAACAACAACAACACAACAACACAACAACAAAACAAAAACAAAGACAAAGAUAAAGGCAAGCGCGAUGACAGGGAAGACAAGGAAGACAAAAACAAAGACAAAGACAAGGGCAAAAAGGACGAGAAAAGAGAGAGGGAAAAGGAAGAGAAGAACAAGAGGAAGACACAGAGCAAUGUGGACGAAAUUCCGAAUCAAACCGCACCACAAGCCUCUGCCAGUGCUGCUACUAACAAGGAUGCGGGCACCAAUCAAGGUGAGGCCGUAUCCAGUUCCAACGCAUUCAAUUCCACUCCAGCGCCUCCUGCCCGUCUUUUUGCGGAAGAGCUUCACACUGCUAGGGAUUGGUCAUCCCCAGUGCAGACUCCAUUUACUUCUGGCCGAUUCGACCUCAAAAAUGAUGUUGGCAAUGGGGACGGGCCUACUCCUAUGCCAACUAAAAUUCAGCAGAUUCCUACGAAGAAAGCCUUGGUAUUGAACUACAACAGCGAUUCGGACGAGGCUGAGGAUAAUGAACGCACUCCCAAGCCACCAAGCUUCAUGUCGCAAACUAAAAAGGUUCAAGUUUUCACUAAGGCUAACAACAACCGUAAUCAGACUUUGGAACACAAAGCGCCUGGAGGUAAGGUUUCCACAGAGCAACCAGCAUGUGACGCUCCUGCCAAGCCUUCGGCCAAGUCAAACCCCACCCCGCAGGUGACGGAUUCCAGAGCAGAGUCUCGCGGUCGACACAAGAAUCCCGCUGAAGUUCCCGUUACUCUAGCUACGGAUACAAGCCUGGUAGUUAGUAAGCGCAAGGCAAGGGAACACAAUGAAAUACCCAAAGCGCCAGUUUCAAAGAAGGGAAAGGCGACAACUACUAUCCAGCAGACCCCAGCUUGCACCUUUCUUGCCAAAAACUUCGAGGCGCCCGUUCCAGCUUCCCCUUUUGCAAAAGCCCGUAUGACCCGAUCUCAAGCAACUCAACCACCAGCUGCCAGCUCUAGUACACUACCCCCACCCCCAGCAGCACCGAAAUCGAAAGCUGAGGUCAGGAAAAUUGCCGCGCAAAAGGCUGCCGCCACACGACUUGCGAAAAGCUAG